AUGCAAUAAUCACAAGUUGAAAAAGCCAAGAAAAAGAAGAAGAAGAAGAGGCAGACGUGGCAGCGGCAUCAUGGCUUCUUGGAGCCGAAACGGGAGACGUAGGAGAGUGAUCGAAAUGUUCUUAUUCCUGUCAUUGGUUGCAGUGUCAUCCGCCCUGCAGGCAGCGAAGGUGUCUCCGCUCAUAGAGAAAGUCAGUGACCACAAGGAUUUCAAGAAACUUCUGAGAACCAGAACUAAUGUUCUUGUCUUGUAUACCAAGUCAGCUUCGUCUGGAGAUGCUCAUUUAAAGCUGCUGUCUGAUGUGGCACAGGCCGUGAAAGGUCAGGGUACCAUCGCCUGGGUGAAUUGUGGGGAUUCAGAAGGUCGCAAACUCUGUAAAAAAGUCAAAGUAGACCCCAGUUCAAAAACCAAUGGAGUUGAGGUCUUGCAUUACAAGGAUGGGACCUUCCACACAGAAUAUAACCGACCAGCUACGUUUAAGUCCAUGGUGGCAUUCCUGAAAGACCCUGCAGGUGCCCCACUGUGGGAGGAAAACCCCGAGGCUAAAGAUGUUGUUCACAUCGAGUCAGAGAAGGAUUUCCGGAAGCUGCUGAAAAGAGAAGAGCGGCCCAUCCUAAUGAUGUUUUACGCCCCAUGGUGUGGAGUAUGUAAAAGGAUGCAGCCCAUUUUCCAGCAAGCAGCCACCGAGACAAAAGGGAAAUAUGUGUUGGCUGGGAUGAACGUGCACCCGGCGGAGUUUGACGGGCUCAAACAGGAGUUCAGCGUCAAGGGCUACCCAACCUUCUGCUACUUUGAGAAGGGUAAAUUUUUGCAUCAUUAUGAGAAUUAUGGAGCUACCUCUAAAGACAUUGCUGAUUGGUUGAAAAACCCCCAACCCCCUCAACCUAAAACUCAAGAGGUGCCCUGGUCAGAAUCCGGCUCGGCGGUCUUCCAUCUGACUGAUGAGUCUUUCGACUCAUUCCUGGAGGAGCAUCCGUCAGUCCUGGUCAUGUUCUAUGCUCCCUGGUGUGGCCACUGUAAGAAGAUGAAGCCAGAGUUUGAUGAAGCUGCUGAGAUCCUCAACAAAGACCCAGAUAGCCCAGGUGUAUUGGCAGCAGUGGAUGCCACCAUUCACAAGUCCAUCGGUGAGCGGUUUAAAAUCUCAGGCUUCCCAACAGUGAAGUACUUUGACAAGGGGGAAGAGAAGUACACACUUCCUCAACUCCGGAGCAAAGACAAAAUCAUCGAGUGGCUGCAGAAUCCCCAGGCCCCACCUCCUCCAGAGAAGUCGUGGGAUGAGAUGCCGUCCAAUGUGAGCCACCUGGGAGCCGAAGAUUUCAGGGAAUUUCUGAAAAAGAAGAAACAUGCCUUGGUCAUGUUCUAUGCUCCAUGGUGUCCACACUGCAAGAACGCCGUCCCUCAUUUCACCACAGCAGCUGAGCUGUUCAAAGAGGACCGCAAGAUUGCAUAUGCUGCAGUGGACUGCACAAAGGGACAAAACCAUGAGUUGUGUAAACAGGAGGGUGUUGAGGGCUACCCAACAUUCAACUAUUACAACUAUGGGAAGUUCAGCGAGAAAUACAACGGGGAAAGAGGGGAAGCUGGCUUCACUGGUUUCAUGAGAAAUCUCAGGGGCCGAGACCAAGAGAAAGUGGGCAAGCGGAAAGAGGAGCUCUAAUAGUGUGGGUGUGGUUCCUAUAAAUGGGAGGAGUCUAUCAUUGCACUGUGACUUGGGCAUAGACAUCCCAGCACUGAUGCCACAGACUUGAAACCUCAGCUAAAAAGGCUAUUUUUUAUACAGCUGUGCCCUUAUGUUUGUAAUACCAAUGUACAACCAUCAGACCGCUUCAAACUAUUUUGUUUAGUUUUAAUUUCCUGACAUUUUGUGAAAUUUUUUUUUUUCAAAUACUGUGACUUCAGUUACUGAAAUCAACACCUGAAAUCUAUGCAACACUGGGCCUUCACUCGCAAGGGUCCCAUACGUUUGAUGGGUGGCUGGUGUUUAAUGGGCAAAACCAAUUAUCACCAGGAUACAUUGUCGUGACUCCCAUUACAGUGAGGAGUAAUAAAGUGUACAAUCGUAUCUGCAAAUAUUUUUGUAAAGAAAAAAAAGGAAAGAAUGCUGUAUAACAUCAUGGUUUUGGGAGUUUUGUUGUAGCUGAACUUUGUGGCCUUAAUAACUGUCGUCCAAAUAUUUUACUAUUUUCAAGAAACACAGUACUACAGCCAAAAUAGAAGAGCAAAGACAAGAACAUGUUUUCAAGCAAGUCGUUUUUUCCUUAUGUUUUAUUGUCAGUUGUGACAGAAUAAAAUUACGUACCAAAACUGGAAAUGCCGAAAAAACUGUUUGAAACAAAUUAAAAAUAUAAUUUGAAACAAAUUAAUUCUGGAAGUUCAAUCCAUUAAAAUUUCUGGGCCCUUGACAUUCCAUAGUAAAUGAAUAUUUCUGCUUAUUUUAAAAGUCUAGUCUGGUUAUGUGGUUUCUUAUUUGCAUUGCUAUUCUGGAUAUAUAAUACACAUAUGGAAAUUUCCUCUUCUAAGCAUGGGAAUGGUACAAUAAGUGAUGAUGGGACCACAUAUAACGUCUUUAUUUAUGCGGGAGCUAGAUGGUUUGCUUUAAGGCAUGUUGAGUGAUGCUCAUUUAACAAGUCUCACCGGAGGAUCCGUUUUACUUGCUCUCUCCCAAAUGUUGGCGCUCUCAUCUUGAUACCACAACCCUUACCAGUAUCUCUGUGGCAACUCCACUGUUAUGUGUGUGGAAAUCUCCCUCCUCUAAGCAGGGAGAUCCAUAUUUAAUGGUCUUGUAGCUGAUCUUUUGUUGUAUAAUUCAGAGGGUUGGUUCGUUUCAUUAUGAAUAAGAUUCUCAGGGAUAGUGAAACACAAUUGAAGAGCACUAUUGCUCAUCGUAAUUUGCAAUCCAGUUGGGUGUUCUCUAUUCACAUCGCUAAAUUAUGAAUUGUUUACAUGUAUCUUUGGGAGACGGAACACGAAAAAAAAUAAUAAUUGAACAGGAAUUUAGUUUACAUUUCCUUGUCAAAUUUGUGGCAAGAAGUGUUGAAUAAAACAUGAGCCAAGGAAUGCUGAUGCAUAGAUAUCAAUUAUAUGCAAGAUAAUGGCUUUCAAGUUCAAAAUACUGUCUGUAAGGUUAAAGUGGGAACACAUGCUGAAUUUGUAUCGUAGCUGGAUGAAAAAAGGUCCUGUUGAGGGGAAGAGUACAGAUAGCUUUACCAGAACAUGUUCAAUAAUGGUCCAAAAUGACAGAUGUGGGUGAACGCUUGCACAGGUUUGUCUCACUACAGUAUGUUCAACCGCUGUCACGACAUGGUUCAAUUGUGCAUUGACAUUUAUAUCAAUAUUUGGAUGGUCAGGGGCCUUCACUUGGUUCCUUGUGGGAUGUGGGAGCUACAACAAUGCCAAGAAGUCACUGUCGCAUUGAUUUUUUUUUGUGCCCAGCCAUAUGUACAGAUUUGCUGCAUCAAUGAACACAAUGCAAAAUAAAAGGCAUACAUUUCCAAGAA